CCUCCCUACAUGGCUGCAGGACUCGUGUGUUUGGCGUGCGGAGGGCGCGGACGCAGAGCGGCAGAUCUGAUCUUCAGACUCUCUGGGCCUCCUGCUGAAGUGUCUUUGAGCCAGGCGCUGAAUCUGGGCCAGGAAGAGAGAAACCUGAGAGCCAUUCCAGCAUGGAGGGGAGGCGGGGUCUCGUCCUCAUUCUCAUCGUGGCAGCAUGUUUCUACGGCAACACUGCUCAGAAGACAGUCUGCACUCAAGAGGCCGUAGCCGACAUCGUCUUCAUGGUCGACGGCUCGUGGAGUAUCGGCACCCAGAACUUCGAGCAGAUCCGUCAGUUUCUCUACACACUGGUCAACAGCUUCGACGUUUCGCCCGACCAUGUCCGCAUUGGGCUGGUCCAGUACAGCACCACUCCGCGCACCGAGUUCCUUCUCAACACCCAUCAGAACAAGGAGAGCAUCCUCGAGUACAUCAGCAAGUUGCCGUACAUGGGUGGCGGCACCCAGACGGGGCAGGGCUUGGACUUCAUGCUGAAUCAGCACUUUGUGGAGGCAGCUGGAAGCCGGGCCGCUCAGAACGUGCCGCAGAUCGCUGUGGUCAUCACUGAUGGCAAGUCACAAGACGACGUGGAGUCCCACGCCCAGGACCUGAAGAGAAAGGGAAUUGUUUUAUAUGCUAUCGGUAUCAAAGAGGCAGAUGAAGAGCAGCUGAGAGAGAUAGCGAACGAGCCACACAGUCAGCAUGUCUACAGCGUGUCAGAUUUUGCAGCACUGCAGGGAAUUUCUCAGAGCAUCGUCCAGACACUUUGUACAACUGUAGAGGAGGCCAAACGACAACUCCUGCAAUUGUCUCAAGAAUGUGCCAGAGCCACCGUGGCCGACAUUGUCUUCCUGGUCGACGGCUCCUCCAGCAUCGGCAUAAGUAACUUCCAGGAGGUCCGGCAGUUCCUCAAAAGCAUCGUCAGAGGCCUCGACAUCGGCCCAGACAAAGUUCGGAUCGGCUUGGCUCAGUACAGUGACGAACCUUUCCAAGAGUUCCUGCUAAAGGAUCACAUGGACCAGGAUUCCCUGCUGGCUGAGCUGGAAACCUUUCCUUACCGAACAGGAGGCACAGAAACAGGCAAAGCCAUGGACUUCCUCCAGAGGCAGUACUUCACCAAAGAGGCAGGGAGCCGAGCCGACCAACGGGUGCCUCAGAUAGCUGUGGUCAUCACAGAUGGGGACUCCACGGAUAAUGUAAUAGUGCCUGCACAGCGCCUGAGGCAGCACGGAGUGAUAGUGUUUGGCAUCGGGGUGGGACAAGCCAACCUGAAGCAGCUCCAGUCCAUCGCUAACCGUCCCCCAGAUCGCUUCCUGUUUUCCAUUGAUAGUUACCAGGCUCUGCAGAGGCUGACAGACGGUCUGCUGCAAACUGUAUGCGUCUCCGUGGAGGAUCAGAAGCAGGCCUUGGCAGAAAGGUUUGCAGACAUCUUCUUCCUGGUAGACAGCGGUGUGCCUGUGACAGAAUUCCAACAGAUCAGGUCCAUCCUUACCCGACUGACCAAUCAGCUGAACAUCGGAGCGUCUGCCUACCGUCUGGGUUUGGCUCAGUAUGGUCCAGAUAUCAAGGUGGAAUUUCUUCUUAAUGCUUUCCAAACCAAAGAGGAGACCCAGAAUGCCGUUAGGCGGUUCCGCCAACGCAGACUGCAACCUAACGAGCCUCGUAAUCUGGGCAGGGCAUUGCAGUACGCCAGCACCAAUUUUUUCACUAGUGAGGCAGGGAGCCGGGCGGACUUGGGCUACAGACAAUACCUGGUUGUUGUAGGUGGAAAAAAUUCAGAUGAUCCUGUAGAUAGGGAGUCACGUCUGAUCAAAUCCUCAGGAGUAACUGUGGUGGGGAUGAGCCUUGAUGCUAUGAUGACGGACAUGCGUGUCAUAGCCACUGCACCGUAUUAUUACCAGACUAUCAGCAACGCUGUUCCUGUACUGAAGGGUAUUUUCGAAACAGAAGAAGAGGUGACCAUUCUUACCGGAGAUUGCAAAGCAGCCAAACUGGCGGACAUCGUGUUCAUCGUUGACGAGUCUGGGAGCAUUGGAACCCCUAACUUCCAGCUGGUGCGCACUUUCCUGCACUCGAUUGUGAACGGUCUGGAAGUCAGUCCAAAUCGAGUCAGAGUGGGUAUCGUUAUGUAUAAUGACAGACCCACAGCACAGGUCUACCUCAACACCUUCGAUGACAAGACAGAAUUGCUGAAGUUCAUCAAAAUCCUGCCCUAUCGUGGAGGCGGUACAAACACUGGGGCUGCCAUAAAUUUCGCCCGAGAGAAUGUUUUUAUCAAGCAAAGAGGAAGCAGAAAAGAUAAGGGUGUCCAGCAGGUGGCAGUGGUGAUCACAGACGGUGAAUCCCAGGAUGAAGUGAGCACAGCGGCAGCUAACCUACGUCGGGCUGGUGUCACUGUUUACGCAGUAGGAGUCAAAGAUGCUAACCAUGUCCAGCUGAAGGAGAUGGCAUCUUAUCCAACCAAUAAGCAUAUGUUUAUUGUGGACAAUUUUGCAAAGCUGAAAUCAUUGGAGCAAAGCCUGCAGAAAGUUCUGUGCCAUAACAUCCUCAGGCAAGCAAUCUCAGUAAAUACAAGAAGAACUGGCAUCAAAGAAGGCUGCGUACAAACGGAUGAAGCAGACAUCUUUUUCCUGAUUGAUCACUCUGGAAGCAUCUACCCCACCGACUUCAGUGACAUGAAGAAGUUCAUCCUUGAGUUUCUACAUACCUUCCGUAUUGGCCCACAACAUGUCCGCUUGGGGGUUGCAAAAUACGCAGAUUCGCCAAACUUAGAAUUUGAUCUGACAACCCAUUCAGAUGUCAAGACAUUAGAGAAAGCCAUAAAGGAUAUUAAACAAGUAGGAGGCGGGACGGAGACAGGAAGAGCUCUGGACUUCAUGGGCCCACUCUAUGAUAGAGCAAUGGCCACUCGUGGUCACAAAGUCACCGAGUACCUGGUGGUCAUCACGGAUGGAAAAUCCUCUGAUGAGGUCAAGAUCCCUGCAGAAAAAUUGAGGGCGCAGGGCGUCAUUGUCUAUGCCAUCGGGGUUAAAAGUGCAGAUGAAGUUGAGCUGCGAGAGAUUGCUGGCGACCCUAAGAGGACUUUCUUUGUUAAUAAUUUUGAUGCGCUGAAGCCGAUCAAGGAUGACAUCAUCACAGACAUCUGCUCUCAAGACGCUUGCAAAGACAUCCCAGGCGACCUCCUUUUCUUGAUUGACAGCUCUGGGAGCAUCUAUCCACAUGACUACCAGAAAAUGAAAGACUUCAUGAAAUCUGUCAUUAGCAAGUCCGUCGUUGGGCAGAACGAGGUGCAUGUUGGUGUCAUGCAGUUCAGCACUGUCCAACAACUAGAGUUCCCUCUCAACCGCUACUACAGCAAGGAAGAAAUGUCGAAAGCCAUCAAUGAUAUGCAGCAGAUUGGAGGAGGCACGCACACGGGUGAAGCCAUCACAGACGUGUCGCAGUAUUUUGAUGCAAGCAAAGGAGGGCGUCCUGACCUGAGGCAGAGGCUGGUAGUGGUAACAGAUGGUGAGGCCCAAGAUGCAGUCAAAGGCCCCGCUGAGGCUCUUAGGGCCAAGGGAGUGGUGGUCUAUGCCAUUGGAGUGGUGGACGCCAACACCACCCAGCUGCUGGAGAUCAGCGGUUCACCAGACAGGGUCUAUACUGAGAGGAACUUUGAUGCUCUGAAAGACUUGGAGGGCCAGGUGGCCAUGGAGCUCUGUGAUCCAGAGAGAGACUGUAAGAAGACAGAAAAAGCCGACAUUAUUUUCCUGGUCGAUGGCUCUACAAGCAUAACCCUGAGCAAGUUUAGAAGCAUGCAGAAGUUUAUGGAGUCAAUGGUGAACCAAACCACAGUUGGCAAGGACCUGACUCGCUUUGGGGUCAUUCUGUACUCCACCGAUCCCAAAUCUGUUUUUACUCUCAAACAGUAUACCACCAAGCGAGAAGUUCUUCAAGCAAUAUCAGCACUGAAGUCUCCAUUUGGGGACACCUUCACUGGCAAGGCUUUGGACUACACCUUAGAGUACUUCAACAGUGAUCAUGGUGGUCGGGCCGCUCUCCAGGUGCCACAGAUUCUCAUGGUGAUCACAGAUGGUGAUGCUACUGACCGUAACAAUCUGGCUGGACCAUCCAUUGCAUUGCGGGACAAGGGGAUCAGUGUCUUCAGUAUCGGAGUCGAAGGAGCUAACAGGACACAGCUGGAGAUCAUGUCUGGUCACGACAGUUCCAAGGUUUUCUAUGUGGACAAUUUUGAUGCCCUGGAAACUCUGUACAAGAACAUUACUCAUGUCCUCUGCAAUUCCACCAAGCCAGUUUGUGAAAAGCAGAAGGCUGACCUGGUCUUCCUACUCGAUCAGUCUGGCAGCAUUCACCCAAAUGACUACAUCACCAUGAAGAAGUUUACAACAGAGCUAGUCAACAGCUUCAAAGUCGGUGAAGAUUUAGUGCGUGUUGGACUUGCGCAGUUCAGCAGCACUUUUAAGAAGGAGUUUCACCUCAACAAGUUCUACACUGAGCAAGCCAUCAACAAGCACAUCUCAGAUAUGCAGCAGCUUGGUGGAGGCACCAACAUCGGACUGGCCCUGAAUUCUCUCAGAGAAUUUUUCGAGGCAUCAAACGGGAGCCGUAGAUCUGCCGGGAUCUCCCAGAAUCUGGUGUUGAUCACAGAUGGUGAAUCGCAGGAUGACGUGGAGGAUGCAGCUGACAGUCUCAGGGCUCUGGGGAUCGAGAUAUUUGCCAUUGGCAUUGGAGACGUCCAUGAUCUGGAGCUCCUGCAGAUCACUGGCACUCCAGAGAGGCUUUUUACAGUGCAGAACUUUGGCAGCUUGGAGAAGAUCAAGCAAAAGGUGGUUGACACAAUCUGCAAAUCCAAACCCCAAAGAGAUCCCUCUGUGUGCUCCAUUGACAUCGCCAUGGGAUUUGAUAUUUCUCGAAGAACCGGAGCUCCUGGUGAGACGCUGAUCAGUGGCCACCCCAAGCUGCAGGCUUUCCUGCCAGAGAUCGCCCAUUAUGUUUCCUCAAUACAAGGCCUGUGCUGUUAUGGCCCCGCACCCAUCAAGACCAACAUCGCUUUCCAAGUGGUGAGUGGUGAUGGACGUUCCCUGUACGACACAGACUUUGAAGGCUACAGCGAAGAUGUGGUAAGGAAGGUCAUGGCACUGAAUCUGGCAGAGCCCACUUACUUCAACACCGCUCUGCUGAAAUCCUUUGAGGAGAAGUUCAAGACGUCCGGAUCUGGUGUGAAGGUGCUGGUGAUCUUCUCAGAUGGACUCGAUGAAGGCGUGAUGAAACUGGAGCAGCAAUCUGAGCUGCUGCGACAGUCUGGGGUCAGCGCUCUGCUGACGGUGGCUCUGGAGGGAGUGGAGAAACCUGCCGAGCUGCAGAUGGUGGAGUUCGGCCGAGGAUUCGGCUACAAGCUUCCUCUCAGCAUUGGCAUGCAGAGUGUCGGCAGCACCGUCCUUAAACAGAUUGACACGGUGUCAGAGAGGGAGUGCUGCAACGUCAUGUGCAAAUGUUCAGGUCAUGAAGGCGUUCGUGGCUCUCGGGGCCCCCCGGGGUCAAAGGGCGUCUCCGGACAGAAGGGUCACCCCGGAUUCCCAGGAGAGGAGGGCGUCGCCGGUGAGCGAGGGCGUCCCGGAGCGAGUGGACCUCAGGGUGUCCAGGGUUGUUCUGGGCUCAGAGGACCGAAGGGCUACCGAGGCCUCCGGGGGAACAGGGGCGAAGAUGGAGAAGACGGACUGGACGGAGUUGACGGAGAACAGGGAACGACGGGAAAAGAUGGAAGUCGAGGAGAGAGAGGACACUCCGGAAACCCAGGUAUCCCAGGUAUCAGAGGGGAGGCGGGGCUGAAAGGACAGCGAGGUCUAAGAGGAGAUCCGGGUGAACCGGGGGCUGAUAACACCGUCCCAGGAGCCAAAGGAGACCCCGGCAACGCAGGCUUACCGGGCAUACCUGGAGUGGACGGGCUGCCAGGUGAGAGCGGAAUCGUUGGAAACCCGGGUCCAGAUGGAAGACGAGGGUCACCUGGUGAGAAGGGUGCACCUGGACAGCCAGGAGCUCUGGGAGUCCCAGGCAGCCCAGGUGCUUCAGGUCCACAGGGUACCAGAGGGGUCAGAGGUCAGCCGGGGCCGAGAGGAAUCCCUGGCCUCCCUGGACCUCAGGGCGGACCAGGACCAGCCGGAAACCCGGGCGUAGUCGGACGCCGUGGAGCCAAUGGACAGAAGGGCCAACCAGGAGAUCCAGGUGAUAAAGGGGUUCCAGGCUCUCAGGGUCCCAGAGGAAUGCCGGGUCAGGAUGGCAGUGACGGUCACGGGUCUGCAGGACCAAAAGGUGUCAAGGGAGAUGCUGGUUUCCCUGGUUACCCCGGUCUACCGGGCGAGGACGGCCUGCAGGGACCCAAAGGAUAUCCGGGACGUAAAGGGAACCCGGGUCGAGGCGGAAACUCGGGCAGGUCAGGAGAAUCAGGCGUGCCCGGAGAACCAGGAUAUGCGGGACACAGGGGUCCCAGAGGUCCUCCUGGAGGCAAAGGCAUGACUGAGUGUCAGCUGAUCACCUACAUCCGGGACAACUGUGCUUGCUCCAUCGGUCGGUCAGAGUGUCCGGCCUACCCCACCGAGCUGGUGUUCGGUCUGGACAUGUCCGAGGACGUGACCCCGGCAGCCUUCGAGAGGCAGCGCUCUGCCCUCAUCUCCCUGCUGGAGGACAUCGCCAUCGCCGAGAGCAACUGUCCGACGGGCGCCCGUGUCGCCGUGGUGGGAUACAGCGCCCACACCAAGUACCUGAUCCGCUUCCAGGACUACCGCCGCAAGACACAGCUGAAGGAAUCUGUGAAUAACAUCGCCCUGGAGAGGACGUCCAACAGCCGCUACUUGGGUGCCGCCAUGCGCUUCGUGGGUCAGAACGUCUUCAAGCGUAUCCGAGCGGGAGUGAUGAUGAGGAAGGUGGCCGUCUUCUUUUCUAACGGACCCACACAGGAUGCUAACGACAUCGUCACGGCCAUGAUGGAGUACCGCGGCCUGAACAUCGUCCCAGCAGUCAUCUCUCUGAAAAACGCCCCUGCUAUUGGUCGCGCGAUGGCGGUCGACGACUCAGGAAACUCCAUCUUUACGGUGCUGGGCAGAGACACGGCUGCUGACCUGGGGAGGGUCAAGAACUGUGCAAUCUGUUAUGAUCCCUGCAGACGUUCAGAGCUUUGCACCUUCAUCCAGGAGCCAGUGCUGCCUCAGGAGGUCGACUUGGACCUGGUCAUGGUGGUGGACGGCUCCAGGGAGGUGCAGGCUGAUGAGUACGCUGGUGUCCAGCAGCUGUUGGGUUCUGUGGUGGAACAGCUGGCCGUGAGCCCUCAGCCCCGCAGGGCCGGCAACAAGGCCCGGGUGGCUGUAGUCCAGCAGAGCGGCACCCGGGCUGCGAACGCAGAGUUUGGCCUGCAGACCUACCAGAACCACGACCUGAUGAAGACGUACCUGGUCCAGACCAUGCAGCAGCAGGGCGGCUCCUCGGCGCUGGGACAGACGCUGGAGUUCGCCCUGAGGGAGGUGCUCCUGAAGGCGAGCCAGGCCCGCAGGAGGAGGGCACUGCUGACGGUGGUGGGCACCCAGACGGCCUACGAGGACCGAGCCAAGCUGCGCUACAUCUCUCAGAAGGCCAAGUGUGAGGGCGUGGCGAUAUUUGUGGUGACGGUCGGCGAGCGCUACAACCGUACGCAGGUGGAGGAGCUGGCCGGUCUGCCCGUGCAGCAGCACCUGAUCCACAUGGGCAGACUGAGGGCUGAGGAACAGGGCUACGCCCAGCGCUUCAUCAGAGUCUUCCUCACCGCCCUCAACAAGGGAGUGAACCCGUAUCCUCCACCGUCUUUAAAACGGACAUGUGACCAGCUGACUGAGCAAGAUGGAGGACAGAUAUUCAACAGUCAGAGGCUGGCGGUGGUGGAGGAGGCGGAGUUUGCAGAAGAGGAGGAGGAAAGGUUUGAGGAGCACUCAGGAGGAAGGACUCAGACCGGCCAGCUGGACGUCAUCGAGACCCUGACCAGAGGAGACGGCCAGAGAGUCUCCGGAGCUACGUUCAACGCCCAGUGUCAGCUGGAGGCUGAUACUGGUAUCCAGUGUGGCGACUAUGUCCAAGUGUGGUUCUUUGACAAAGACAUCGGUGCAUGCUCUCCCUUCUGGUAUGGCGGUUGCGGUGGUAACGCCAACCGCUUUAACACGGAAAAUGAAUGUUUCCGGACAUGUGGCAGCCAUAAUCCGAACAUCCUGCCGCAGCCGGAGCUCGCCAGCUUCGUCUCCAAAGACAGCUGCUUCCUCAGCCAGGACCAGGGCGGCUGCCAGAACUACACCAUGAUGUGGUUCUUCGACACGGAGCAGAACGAGUGUUCUCGCUUCUGGUACGGCGGCUGCGGCGGCAACGGCAACCGCUUCAAGACGCAAGAGGACUGCGAGGACCUCUGUCUGACGAAGAGCCGAUGAGGAGGACGUCGCCGGAUCGGGCGGAGAAAAUCACAGCUGCACACCGACCAGCAAAGCCUUCGAGAACACGCACCUUCGGGGAAAAACACCAAAGUCUGUGAAUGAUUUCAAAACCUUUAGCUUCUCCGCUUCUCCGUCGUCUGUGACGAAGACUUGCUCCUUUGGUUUUCUUCCUCGAAGGUGCGUGAUUUGUUUCCCCGCAGCAGCUUCGCUCUCAGAAGUCCUUUUAAACCAACUUUAACAUUUUACACCAUGAGACGCUCGUCAGACUCCUCAACGCUUCUUCAGGUUCCUUUUAGUUUUCAGGUGCUACGUCAGCGAGGCGGGUGGGGGCUGGUGUGUUUCUCUGUAAAUGAGCUCGAUGUCCACAGAACGUCUGAACUGACGGGAAACGUUUGAUUUGUUCGGCUGCUGGAAGACAAACAGCUGAUUUUUACGUUAACAAACACGUUCCUGUUUUUUCCCCAAUAUUUAAAGACUUUUUCCAAAGUUAGUGACAUGAUGAGAAAAUGUUGUUUUUUUUGAAGAAAAGCUCCAGUUUUUAUGAAUAACGGCAGAUUUUUAAAAAGACGCCACAGCUUCCAGACAUCCGACAACACAAGAGAAAAUAUCUGAGUCUUACUUUCACGGCUUUGGCCUUAAAUUGGUUCUGAAGAUGAUUUUCUGUCACGUGAUGUCAUCUGACAUUCACGCUGUGAUUGGCUGGCUGUGUGCAUGUGACUGAAACGUCUUCCAGGAGAGAACGUGUGCGCAUCAGGUCGUAUUCUGCCUCUCUCUCCUGUCAAUUCAAGCAAAAGUAACCGAACAUGUUCUCACGAGAAAAGAUUCAGAAUCAGCCUUUAAAAACCUGCGAUGCAUCACUUUCAGAUCACUGAAAGAACAGAAAACACUGAGGACGUGAACGCAGACGCUGCAGCUAAACUCUAAACUCGAAGGAAGAAGCUGGUGAAUAAAACCUUUUUAAAACUGAUGGACCAAACUUUGAAAAUAAGACCCAGAUUUUAGCUUUUACAAACUUGUUGAGGGUCAAACUGAGCUGGAGCUGCUGCAGCUGCCUGGACGCCGGGUUGACGGGGUUCAUGUGUGUUCCUCAUGUCUGUUCAGUGUCUCGUUUAUCCCACAAACACAAACACGAGCCCGAAGCGGCUGCAGAACAGCUCCGGUCCCAGUUUGAGCCUUAAAAGGUCUGAAACGUUUGUCUGCUCUGAUCGACGAGGUUUCACUCUGUGUCGCCGUCUGUAGUUCAUCACUCUGACCAAAGGUGCUUCAUUUAAACAACAAUAAA